AUGGACGAGGAGAAACGACAAGAUGACUGGGCCAACAGCCGCCAGAAUAGGCUCCCGUCAUUCACAGAGGUCCUGUCGAGAAGGACACGACCCCCCGUUGAUCUCUUCAUGUUCUACCUCUUUUUGCAGCGUGAAGGGGCGGAGGACAUCCUUGACUUCUGGCUAGACGUACAACAACACGAGAAUCUCUGCCGAGCAUACUUCAAGGACGUUCGCAAGUCCGGCCGUAGCAUCAAGGAGGACUGGCCGCAAUACUGGGAUUACGCUAGGCGGAGAGGGUCAAUCUACGGCACUGUUGUUGGCCUCCAUCCUGAGGGCGCAGGAACGAAAAGGAGCACGACGAGCACAGGGGAAAUGUUGUCAGAACAGGACAAGCAUAAUCUUGCUGCUGUAGGUGACACGGAGAAGGGCCGACGAUCGACAAGUCCCCGACCACAGACUGGUCUGUCAGAGCACACCCGAGUUGCAUCCGCAUCCCCUAAUGCGGCAUACGAUCCCCCUCGCUCAACAACGCCUUUUUCGCUUUCCGGCCGCACGCCUACACUCUUUAAUCUCAAACGCGCCUCCCGCGCUCCCACCGUCAUUCCUCGCUCCGCUGCAAUCAACCGCAUGGACCUCAUUGCGUCCGCAGAACGCAUCUUCUAUCGCUAUCUCUCACCCGCUGGUAACACGGUAAACUCCAAUGAAAACCACGAGAUUUAUCUUCCCCCAGCUCUUCGCAUCCACAGUUUUCCUCUAAGCAGUUCGCACGAGCCCAAGACGCAGACAGAGCUGUCCUUGAUGGCUCAAAUCCCUGAUAUUUUCCACGCCCAAAAGGAAUAUUGCUUCCGAGCUAUGGAACAGGAUGCCUUUCCUCGCUUCCUUCGUUCGAAAGCGUUUGGCAAUUUGACGCCUAUAUCUGCUUUGGUGCGCCUUAUACUGGGCCUCGUCAUCUUGUGGAUAGGCCUUGCGGUGGCCUUUUCACUGAUCUUCUUGGACGUUCAUCCGAAGUCGAAGCGUUUCUUCCUCUUUAUUCCUUUCACCUUCGCCAUCACUUUCCUCAUUUCACAUCAAUACGAACUAGACCCCAUCCUGGUGUUCUUCGGCCAAUCAGAGACGACACCCUUCCGCACGCUGACCAUCCGCGAGCCCUACGUAAAGAAGCUUCUUCUGGGACGUGCCAUCUGGGUGUCUAUCCUCAUCGCAGUCUUCGUGACAGCAUUGACGUUACUUUUCUGGGCCGUUCCUGGUCACCGACUGUGACGUUCACCCUCUCCCACAAAGAAAACAUUAGAUACCAAACUGAUACCGGGACGGGUAUAUGUAUACCGUGGAAUAUCCUUUGUGCUCUUAUCCAUAUUAUCAUACCCAGCUUCUUUCACGACUCUUACGAAUCACCCCCUCCUUAUCGUUACCAUCCUAAUACUUAUUACCUUGGUUAUUGUCCCGCCACCUUCAUCUGCCAUUGAAGUUAUUCUGUUGUUUUGUCGUCUUCACACUCCCUGGAUACCCACCUUUCAAUACUCCGGUAUAGCGCCUCGUACGCCCCUCCUGCUUGUCCUUACCCCGCCAUUCCUUCCAUAUCUACGUCCAGCCAUGCUAGCGGCGGACUUUAUAAUCAAAGUAGUCUGUUUGGUAUCCCUUUCGAGGAGGUGAUUUCGGAAAGAACAAUUUAUGCAUACGUAUUAUGCCUUAUGAUUCACACUCUUCCUCGAAUACAAAUUGUUUAUGAUC